AUGGUUCGUGGUCGAUCCGCGCGGGCUGACGACGCUCCGUCAUGGUUUGAUGAGGGACAAAUGGAGAUGUCAAUUUUCUACUUGAAGCCGGACAUCCUGCAAUCUCUCCAUGCAAGAUUUGACCCGCCCCAACCUCCAUGUCGGGUUGCCGUCUUCGUCAUUGAUAGACAUUUCCCCUCCCCCACCAACGGCGUGGCUGGAGCCGGCACUGAGACACAGGGACAACACAACAGGAACUGGGGGACUCGGCAAUUUACAGUGAUCAACAACGCACCGGGCCCGCCUGAGGGUCACCGCAUGAUAUUUAGCGCAAUUGCCCCGGUCAGGAUCCUUUCACGAAGCGCAUCCAUCGCGCGAGAGAAAAGGGGUAAAGGGGAGAGCCGCGUCGGCGUGAUGUAUCGACAUCCCGGAUAUAUAUCCAUGCCACACCAGAUACACUAUCGCCGGAUUCGAAUCCCCGCUGGCGAUUGGAGUUAUAUUCAACCCGAAUCGGAGCUCCGUCUGGCGGAGCUACUUACUGGACAGAUAUGGAAUGGGCUCACAACCACCAAUGGAACAAUCUGCAAACCUUCCAUCGAAUCCACCGGUGGGUCUGGCGCGCUGACUCAGGUGGAUCGGACGCUCGUGCCGUGUCACCGGUCGUUUCAGGCUCGAUGCUCCGACCCCGAAGACAAACAGACAGGAUUGGCUUCGAACGGCAAGGUGGCCUUUGCACGCCUGAGGUCAUUCCGGGGGCCGUUGAGCCCCCGUAGCGUUGCCGUGGCACUAGGAAAGGUGCUGAAUGCGAAUCAAUGA